UUAAUGCAGUUGCUGAUGUGUUGUUAUGGAGGAACAAGAAAGUAUCUGGUGCAAUAUUAGCUGGGUUAACAAUUAUAUGGUUUCUUUUCGAAGUAGCUGAGUUCCAUUUAGUUACUCUUCUCUCUUAUAUUCUUCUUUUCACAAUGGUAACCAUAUGCCUUUGGUUUCGAGCAGCAUGGCUAUUCAAUAGGAAUCCACCACAUUUUGAUGAAUUUACUCUGCCAGAAUCAACAUGUAGAUCUUUCUUUAGAAAUGUGAAUUGGGUUUUAAUGAAAUUUUAUGACAUUUCAAGUGGAAGAGAUAUUCGACUCUUUUUUCUGGCAAUAUUAACUCUUUGGAUGUUAUCAAUUAUUGGGAAUUAUGUGGACACUUUGAAUCUUUUCUACAUUGUGGUGUUGUGCUUCGAAACACUUCCAGGUUUGUAUGAACGACAUCGAAAUGAAGUGGAUAAUCUUGCUGCAAAACUCUAUCGAGACUCCCAAAAAUUGUACAUCAAAUUUGAACACAAUGUUCUCAACAAAAUUCCAAGAGGACCAGCCAAACAAAACAAAUAUUAUUGAUUAGAAUCAAAUUAAAUAUAAUUUAAGUUGUUAAUAAUGAGAAAAUGUAUUGGAAAAUAUGUAAUUAUAUAUCAAUGUAACAUGAAUUGUCCAAUUCACUCUAUCUA